AUGGCCUCCGGCUUUGCUUUACGUACAGCCCAACCAGUCACUGGUGGUGGAAUUGCCAACAAGAUAAGCAGCGCACCGCAGUGGAACACCCACCCGACUCGAAGCUUGGCGGGCGGUCUUGAUGGGGCGACCGGUGAAUGUAACCCUACGGAGUGGUAUCAGCCGCUAACGGCCACCAAAUUACGUACAAAAAAUAAGCAUUUUGCCGCUAGACCGCCAGCCAAUCCUUCCGCCUGCCCUCGCGGCGCCACCGACUCAAUUUGCACCUUCACCUCUGGCACCGGGGGGCAGCCCGUGCAAAUUGCCUAUUCCAGGGAGACGGUGGCGCACACUCGUUGCAGACACCCUAGGAAAUGAUUGGCACCGUGUGAGACGUGCGUCCGGCGUCCAUCGGAGUCCGCAGCAUGUUGUGUCUUACUCAGUGUGAUAUGAAGAGAAGUAAGGUGGACGAUGCAAGGGCGGACACAUCACAUGACCUGCAUGUCAUAUUGCCCAUUGUCCACCACCUCGGGGAUCCCCGGGGCAGAAAUAACUCCCGAC